AUGGAAGAAAAAUGUCAUGUUCUUCUGGCGGUCUUUCCAGCCCAAGGCCAACUUAAUCCUUCUCUACAAUUUGCCAAACGUCUCGUCAAAAUGGGGGUUAAAGUCACCUUUUCCACAAGCUCGUCCGCCAUUAAUAGCAUGUCUAACCGGCCGGAAAUACAAGGCCUGGAAUUGGCUCCAUAUUCCGACGGCUUCGACGGCCAAUUCCAAGGCGUGAGCGUAAACGACUUCUGGGCUUCCGUCAAGACUAAAGGGACCGACGCCCUGGCCGACCUUAUCGCCGCCAAGAACAACGAAGCCAAACCCUUCACCCGAAUUAUCUACACCACGGCCAUGGCGUGGGCCGGGCUGGUCGCCCGGAGGUUUCAGCUUCCCUUUACUUUGCUUUGGAUCCAACCCAAGCAAGGGAAGAUAGUGCAUUGGUGCGGACAAGUGGAAGUUUUGCAACACCCGUCUGUAGGGUGUUUCUUCACUCACUGCGGAUGGAAUUCAAUGCUCGAAUGCCUGACUUCUGGAGUGCCGGUCGUGGCGUGUCCUGUAUGGAAUGACCAGCUUUCUAAUGCUAAGCUCGUUCAAGAUGUGUGGAAGUCCGGGGUGAGAGUGGGUGUUAAUGAAGAAGGGGUUGUCACUGCUGAUGAGUUCAAGAGGUGCAUAGAAUGUGUGAUGGGAGGAGGGGAAAAUGGAGAGGAAUUGAGAAAGAAUGCUAAGAAAUGGAAAGAUUUGGCUAAGGCUGCAACUAAGGAGGAUGGAUCCUCAUAUUUGAAUCUCAAGGCAUAUAUAGAUGAAAUGCUCCGCAGCCCAUAA